UUUGGCCCACCCAUCCCCACCUUAUCCCCUCACCUUCUUUCCUUUUCGAUCAAACCCAACCCUAUUCCAUCUUCUUCCUCCUUCUUCCCCGACGAGCCGCCGCCUCCAUUCCCUCAGACGAAAACAAAUCCCUUCUUCCCCGACGACCCGCCGCCUCCAUAUCCGAAACAUCUCCCUUCUUCCCCGACGACCCACCGCCUCCACAUCGCCAACGAUCAGGGCAACCGCACCACUCCUUCGUAUGUUGCCUUCACCGACACAGAGCGACUCAUCGGCGAUGCGGCCAAGAACCAGGUCGCCAUGAACCCUCACAACACCGUCUUCGACGCUAAGCGCCUCAUUGGCCGGAAAUUCUCCGACCCUUCCGUACAGGAAGACAUGAAGCACUGGCCGUUCAAGGUCAUCGCGGGCCCCGGUGACAAGCCGAUGAUCAUUGUCCAGCACAAAGGCGAAGAGAAGCAGUUUGCUCCGGAAGAGAUUUCGUCCAUGGUGCUAGUUAAAAUGAGGGAAAUUGCGGAGGCCUUUUUAGGUCAGACCAUCAAGAACGCGGUUGUCACCGUCCCGGCCUACUUCAACGACUCGCAGAGGCAGGCGACCAAGGAUGCUGGCUCAAUCGCCGGUCUGAACGUUCUCCGGAUCAUCAACGAGCCCACCGCCGCAUCAAUUGCUUAUGGUCUGGACAAGAAGGGUUCGAGGAGCGGCGAGAAGAAUGUUCUCAUCUUCGAUCUCGGCGGAGGAACUUUUGAUGUCUCUCUGCUGACGAUCGAGGAAGGGAUCUUCGAAGUGAAGGCCACCGCCGGAGACACGCAUCUCGGAGGUGAGGACUUCGACAAUCGGCUGGUGAAUCACUUCGUUGCGGAGUUCAAGCGGAAGAACAAGAAGGAUAUUAGCAGCCACGCCAGAGCUCUGAGGCGGCUGCGAACUGCCUGCGAGAGGGCGAAGAGGACUCUGUCUUCCACCUCUCAGACCACCAUCGAAAUUGACUCCCUCUACGAAGGUAUCGACUUCUACUCUACCAUUACUAGAGCUAGGUUUGAAGAAUUGAACAUGGAGGCGGCGGGGGCGGCGGCUCGUCGGGGAAGAAGGAGGAAGAAGAUGGAAUAG